AUGGAUGGUAUCAUCGCAAACGGCUCGUCGGAGGCGCCUCCUCAUAUGCCCCCGCCGGAGCCCGUCGAACGCCCUCCCACCCCCCCUCCACCCCCUCCAGAAGACUCCGCCGCCCCUCCUCCGCCCCCCGACACGUCCGCGCCUCCACCGCCGCCCGAAGACCAUCCUCCAGCACCACCCCCCGAGACAGCGCCCAAGAAGCAGAAAGUCGGAUGGGCCACAAAACGGCCAACCUCCACACCUCUGAGUGUCGAGGAGCUCGUACGGAAAAAGCGAGAGGCUGAUGCCGCCGCAGCCAAGCCCAAAUUCCUAUCGAAGAAGGAACGAGAGAAGAUCGCGUUGGAAAAGCGCACCAAGGAAGUCGAAGCUGCCCGCAGGAUUAAGGAGCAGGCCUCUAAUGGCGCUGAUCGAAGUGCGACGCAUUCGCCCUCUGUCGGCUCGGAUGCACGCAAUGGUGGUGGUGAUUCGCGAUUCGUCCCGACGGGUCCGAGAGCUAUGCGCGGUCCGGAUGCCCAUGCCCCGACCGGUCCCGCGGCCAUGCGCCAUAACCAGUCCCGUGGCAGGCACCACGAUAUGUCGCCGCCGCCGCCGAAAUCUAGGGCUCAUGGUGGACGGGGGGAUAGGGAUAACCGGGACGGUCGCGAUGGCCGUGGUGUGAACGAUGAUGAGGCGACGGCGCAGGCCGCCCUGGUGAAGCAGAAGUACAUGGGAGCGGAUCAGACGUCGAAUUUCUCGGCCAAGAAGAAGCGCAAGAGGACGACGGACCGGAAGUUCAACUUCGAGUGGAACGUCGAGGAGGACACCAGCGGCGAUUAUAACCCGCUAUAUCAACACCGGCACGAGGCCAACUUCUACGGGCGUGGUCGUCUGGCGGGCUUCAGCGACGACGUGGCCGACAGCGUGGCGAAGAACUAUGCCCGGGCCCUGGAGGACCGCGAUCGCGAAGCGGGAGGCAUCCGUGCCCGCGAGAUCCUGGAGAUGGAGCGCCGACGCCGCGAGGAGAGCACGCGCAACCAGCUCGACAAGCACUGGAGCGAGAAGAAGCUCGAGCACAUGCGCGAGCGCGACUGGCGUAUCUUCAAGGAAGACUUCAACAUCGCCACCAAGGGCGGCAGCGUCCCCAACCCCAUGCGCUCCUGGGACGAGUCCGGCCUCCCCAAGCGUCUCAUGGAGCUCAUCAGCCGCGUCGGCUACAAGGAACCCACGCCCAUCCAACGCGCCGCCAUCCCCAUCGCCAUGCAGUCCCGCGACCUCAUCGGUGUCGCCGUCACCGGUUCCGGUAAAACGGCAGCCUUCCUCCUCCCGCUCCUCUGCUACAUCGCAGAGCUCCCUCGCAUCGACGAAUUCGAAUGGCGCAAAAACGACGGACCCUACGCAAUCGUCCUCGCACCCACCCGUGAACUGGCACAGCAGAUCGAGAUUGAGGCCAAGAAAUUCACGCAACCCCUUGGCUUCAACGUAGUCAGUAUCGUGGGAGGCCACUCCUUCGAAGAACAAGCAUACAGCAUCCGAGACGGCGCGGAAAUCAUCAUCGCCACCCCGGGCCGUCUAGUCGACUGCAUCGAGCGGCGCAUGCUCGUGCUCAGCCAAUGCUGCUACGUGAUCAUGGACGAAGCCGACCGAAUGAUCGACCUGGGCUUCGAGGAACCCGUCAACAAGAUCCUCGACGCCCUCCCCGUGACCAACGAGAAGCCCGACUCCGAAGAAGCCGAGAACUCCCUCGCCAUGAGCCAGCACAUCAACGGCAAAGACCACCGCUACCGCCAAACAAUGAUGUACACGGCCACCAUGCCCACGGCCGUCGAGCGCAUCGCGCGCAAGUACCUGCGCCGCCCCGCCAUCGUCACCAUCGGCUCCGCCGGCGAAGCCGUCGACACCGUCGAGCAGCGCGUCGAGAUGGUCGCCGGCGAAGACAAGCGCAAGAAGCGUCUCGGCGACAUCCUCUCGUCCGGCGAAUUCCGCGCCCCCAUCAUCGUCUUUGUCAACAUCAAGCGCAACUGCGACGCCAUCGCCCGCGAGAUCAAACACUGGGGCUUUUCCUCCGUCACGCUGCACGGUAGCAAGACCCAGGACCAGCGUGAAGCCGCCCUCGCUUCCGUCCGGAACGGCUCAACCGAUGUCCUCGUCGCCACGGAUCUGGCCGGUCGUGGUAUCGAUGUUCCCGACGUCAGUCUCGUCGUGAACUUCAACAUGGCCAAUUCCAUCGAGAGCUAUACCCACCGUAUCGGUCGUACCGGUCGUGCCGGGAAGAGUGGUGUCGCGAUUACCUUUUUGGGUAGUGAGGAUGCUGAUGUUAUGUACGACCUCAAACAAAUGCUCAUGAAAUCGCCCAUCUCGCGCGUCCCCGAAGAACUCCGAAAACACGAGGCCGCACAAUCGAAACCCACGCGCGGCGGCGCCAGGAAGCCCGUCGAGGAGAGCACCGGGUUUGCGGGCAAGGGGGGCGGGGCGGGCUGUAUCUACAUCUACAUCUACAUCUACAUCUACAUCUACAUCUACAUCUACAUCUACAUCUACAUCUACAUCUACAUACCCAGCAAGUCACCAACCCAACCACAAACAAAAACCAUUUUAUUCCAUUCCAAUCCCGAAUAA